UUACAAUCAACCUCAAAAUAUAACACGGUAGACCUAUUUUUAUACCAAAACUCUUUAAGACAUAUAAUUAGCAAAUGCUAAUUUAACUGCUCUUACAGAUUUGGUAAUGAUAGACAGUUAGAAGGUUUUUUCGCUUUUGCUGCAUUGCUGUCAAUGUUGUUUGUUAAAAGAUUCAGCUGGAUUAAAAUGAUGAUGAUUAUCAACAGCCACUUCCAACCACCAUCACCACCACCCUCUUCAAUCUCUAAUAAUAAACCUUCAACUUCAAGAAAACAAUUUACUAACAAACCAACACCCUUCACCUACCCUUUUCUUUAACACCUCCCUUGGUGACUCGAACCCACAACCUUUGUGUUGGGAGGAACUCCUCUUGUCCCUUCCCCUACCUUGAUCGUCAACAAUUUCUUCAUUGCUUAUAGUACAACAUUGGCUGUUCCAAGUUUUGGUUCAUUUUCUUGGGACAGAGAAAAAUGAAAAUGGAUGGAGUCUCAAGAUUGUUGGUGCUCACAAUGUUCUUUGUGAUUUUGUUUGGUUUUCAAAGUGAGAAGAAUGGGGUUGUUAUGGCCAUUGAUGAAGAUGCAAAAGCGCUUUGUAGCAUUAAUCUCGCGGAAUUUCUUCCUCCUCCUUAUGGUGGUCUUGAAAAUAUGGUUUGUCAACCUGUUUGGAACUCUUUCCUGCUGCGUUACUCUCAGAGUAAAGACAAUGUGAUCACCAUCGUGUUAUCAACCAUUUACACAAGUGGAUGGGUAGGAAUGGGGUUCUCUCCCGACGGAAUGAUGAUCAAUUCUAGCUGUAUGGCUGGAUGGGUGACUCCUGAAGGUCAUGGAAAAAUCAAGCAGUAUUAUGCUGAGGGCCACAUUCCCUCGAAAGUCAUACCAGAUGAAGGAGAAUUGCCAUUGACAAGUGUUCCACCUCUCAUCUAUCUUCAAGGUGCCACAGUUUACUUGGCCUUCCAGUUGAAAUAUACAAGUCGUCUCAAAACUCAAUCAAUGUUACUAGCUUUCUCCUCGAAAUAUCCUCAGCACCACCACCUAACUGCUCACGAGGAUAAAACAGCCAUAAAAUUCGACUUCUCUUCAGGUACUCCAUUUUCUGCCAUCGCUAAACCUAACUACUUUAUUAGCUCAACGACCCAUGGUGUAUUGGGUAUAUUAGGAUGGGGACUAUUCUGCCCCUUUGGAGCAAUUUUUGCAAGAUACUUUAGGUACCAACAGAUAUGGUACUACGUUCAUAUAUCUGCUCAAUUCAUAGGAUUCGUACUAGGACUUGCCGGAGUGAUUGUUGGAAUUCAGCUCAACAACAAGCUGCAACCCGAUAUUCCAGGACAUCAAGGCAUAGGCAUUCUUAUUCUUGUGCUUAGUAUUCUUCAGGUUUUGGCAUUCUUCGCACGACCAGAUAAAGACAGCAAGUAUCGCAGAUACUGGAAUCUGCAUCACAGUUGGGUGGGGAGGACUGCCCUCUUCUUUGGAGCUGUGAACAUAGUACUGGGGAUGCAUUAUGCAGGCGCAGGGCCAGGAUGGAAAUUAAGUUAUGGAUUUGUUCUCGCUUCAACAAUGUUGGCAUGCAUCCUCCUGGAAAUGUUGUCAAGGCUAAGGAAGUUCGAUGAGCCGACUCUUCCUUCAGACUACCCUAUCAAUUCAAUCUAGCAUAGAUCUAAAAACUUUAAAUGUUGUAGAUAGACUGGGUGAACAAGUGAUUUUGCCCCCAAGCAUCUUAUUCACCACUAGGAGUCCUCUUUAUCGUAGUUUAUAGAAUUCUGUCCAGAAUACACUUUUGGGUGAAUUUGUAUUCAGCGGGCUCAGUACUCUGAGGGUCAAGCCUCCUUGAAACAAACUCAACGUGUUUGGCUGGUGCUCUUCAAAAUCUCUCCUCUGAAGGAAAAAAUGAACUUUCCCUUCUUUAAUUCACAUUCUUCAGUGCUUUCGAAGGGACUACAUGUAUGGACAACUUUUACCUAGCAAACAUUUGUUUGUGGAGAUCACCAGAACAGUAUUGUGACAUUGAAUCAGUAGUAUUUCACCCUUUACUCAUCAGAGCUGUAGUUAGAUACCUAAUAGUCUUACAAUGUAUGCUACAUGAUAAAUUUGGAUAAAAUCCAGCCAGCCUAUAAGAUGAAUGAGCAGGCAUGAUUCUCAACAAUGACAUAUAUUCAGUUUUCAGUACUUUU